ACCCAGCAGAUCCCACCAUAGACUGAUCCCCACAGAGCCGCUCGGACGGCCGGAUUCCCACUCACAGCUCCAGGAUCCCCUCAGUUCCUGCUUCCGCUGCAGCCUUUCUCCUCCGUCUUGUGGAGCCUCAGAGCCCGGCUAGCGCUGUGGCAAAACCAGCCUCCGCAGCCCCGCUCGGAUGCCUCUGGAAGCCGCUGUAUCACGUCAAGGAUGCAAAUUGAAUAAAAGAAUCUUGAGGGAGUGGAAGGACACGGAAAGGUGGUGUUGGAUAAAGUCUUCAACACGGAGCUGGGCAGACGGGAGAGGACACUAAUCGGGUGGUCAAAACACGGAUUUGUGAGCAUGCUCGCCAUGCUUUAGCACACAGGAAAGGCUGGUUCAUCACUGGAGAAACACCAACUGCCUUUUCUAGAGCACUCCUGAGCCACAAACACACAAAUCUCCCUCUCAUCUGUCAUUUACCAUCCCUGCAGAGAUGCCAAUGCCGAGACUGGUGCUGUGGCAUUUGUGGUGACGGGGCACAGUGUGUGUGUGCACAUCCGGCAGGUAGGCCGGUGGGUCAGUACACCAAGUGACAUUUUCGGGUGGGCGUGGUUGAACCAUGCGGCCCUGGGCAGGUUCAUGGCGUUGGAUUACCCUGGUGCUACUAGCCUGGGGCACACUUCUCUUCUACAUUGGUGGUCACUUGGUGAGAGACAGCGAGCAUCCAGAGCGGUCCAGCCGGGAGCUCUCCAAGAUCCUGGCCAAGCUAGAGCGGCUCAAGCAGCAGAAUGAAGACCUGCGGCGCAUGGCUGAAUCGCUCAGGAUACCAGAGGGUCAGGCAGAAGCUGGGUCUUUGGCAGCAGGGAGGCUGCGCUCCCUGGAGGACCAGCUAACCAAAGCCAAACAGAAGAUCCACAGCUUCCAGAAACUCACUGGAGAUGGCCCUGGGCCCACUCAGGAGGAGAUGCGGAGGAGAGUUGAGAAUGGCGUAAAGGAGUUCUGGUACUUUGUUCGCAGUGAAGUGAAGAAAUUGGCCAAUGUUGAGCCCAGCGAAAGGCAGAAGUAUGCUGACACACUCCUGCAGGACCUGGGACACCAGGAGAGGUCUAUCAUGACAGACCUGUACUACCUCAGCCAGGCCGACGGAGUCGGUGAAUGGAGAAUGAAGGAGGCUAAAGACCUGUCAGAUCUGGUCCAGAACAGAAUCACCUACCUACAGAACCCCCCAGACUGCAGUAAGGCAAGAAAGCUGGUGUGUAACAUCAAUAAGGGCUGUGGUUAUGGCUGCCAACUCCACCAUGUCGUCUACUGUUUCAUGAUCGCUUAUGGCACCCAGCGCACACUCAUCCUGGAGUCUCAUAACUGGCGGUAUGCUCCUGGCGGCUGGGAGACCGUCUUCCUGCCCGUCAGUAACACCUGCACGGACCGCUCUGGGGCCAGCACUGGACACUGGUCAGGCGAGGCCCAUGAUAAGGAUGUCCAAGUUGUGGAGUUGCCCAUAGUGGACAGUCUCCACCCUCGACCCCCCUACUUGCCCCUGGCUAUCCCUGAGGACUUGGCUCCACGCCUGCAGCGUCUGCAUGGUGACCCAUCCGUCUGGUGGGUGUCCCAGUUUGUCAAGUACCUGGUGCGCCCUCAGGCAUGGCUAGAGAAGGAGAUCCAGCAGAGCACUGCCAAGCUGGGCUUCAAACACCCCAUCAUUGGAGUCCAUGUGAGGAGGACAGAUAAAGUGGGAACAGAGGCGGCCUUCCACCCCAUAGAAGAAUAUAUGUUGCAUGUAGAGGAACAGUUCCAACAUCUGGCCAGACGUGUUCACGUGGACAAGAAACGCGUUUACCUGGCCACCGAUGACCCCUCGCUGCUGCAAGAAGCUAAGACUAAGUAUCCAGACUACGAGUUCAUCAGUGAUAACUCCAUCUCAUGGUCGGCAGGCCUUCACAAUCGCUACACUGAGAAUUCACUAAGAGGAGUCAUCCUGGACAUCCACUUUCUGUCCCAGACUGAUUUUCUCGUGUGCACCUUCUCCUCACAGGUCUGCCGUGUGGCCUAUGAGAUUAUGCAGACGCUGCAUCCAGAUGCCUCCUCCUUCUUCUACUCCCUGGAUGACAUUUACUACUUCGGAGGUCAAAACGCCCACAAUCAGAUUGCUAUCUACCCACACCAGCCACGCAGCAGCGAGGACAUUCCCCUAGAGCCCGGCGAUGUGAUUGGCGUGGCCGGAAACCACUGGGACGGAUACUCCAAAGGCAUCAACCGCAAACUGGGCCGCACUGGCCUCUACCCUUCUUACAAGGUCAAAGAGAAAAUCGAGACCGUGAAGUACCCAAUGUACCCUGAGGCAGACAAACUGCUCAACUCUCAAAAGAAGUAAAAGAAGACAUGAAAAAAAGAGAAAAGAAUGAGGAGAAACACGCAGUCUCAGAUUCCAGGGAUGGAGGCUGCUUUUGUACAGAAGAGAGAGGCGUACUCGGUGCGCUAAGCUGAGAAGAAAAGAAAAAGUCUGUACCCAGGGGUGAUAGGAAUAAGAAUGCACUCUGUGUGUUUAUGUGUGAGCGCGCGCAUGUGUGUAUGUGUGCGCGGACGUAUGUUUGCACUUGUGUUAAUGCCUGUGCAAAUGUCAGGUCAUGGAAGACUUGCACCCUACCACUACUCCCCCCACCUGACAUUCUGACGUUGGGUCUGUAGAAGAUGUAGACGUGAACAUUGAUUUUAAAUAAAGCAAGUAAACAAUUACAAUCUACAAAACUGACCAAGCUCUCUCUCCUGAGACAACACUGGGACUACUGUAAGACUGGCACAGCCCAGACUGAGCUUCAAAUCAAUGACUGAAAAAAUUACAAACUGGAAAAAAAGUGUUUUGAUUUUUAUUUAAUUCUUUACAGUGGUUUUGAUUCUAAUCUUGCCUUUUUUUCCCUGUUUUUUGUUUACUGAAUGUACUGUACCCUCUUUUUGCCAUGCUCACUGCUGCUCCUUCCCCUCCUCCUCCUCCUCUCACUGUGCUUCCUUCAUCUCUUCUCUUUAUGUGCAAUUAAUUUUACAAUACCAUGUUGUGCUUUUAUCAAGUGUUUUAAAUAAUCUUAAUUUUGUAUGUAUGGGGUUUGUGCACUAUAUACUGUAUAGUGUGUGUGUGUGUGUAGGUGUGUGUGUGCGUGUGCGUGUGUGUGUGUGCGUGCAUGAGGAUGGAUAAAUGGGUAAUGAAGUGUACCUGUGUGUGCUGUUUAUGUCAAAGGGGCCAUGACUUGACCAGGUGCCUGGUUAUUGGUGAGCAGUGUGUGUUUUUUUAUUUCUGGCUUUCUUCCUGACUGAAACGUGUUUGUGUGGCCAGCAGAAGACUGGCGGUGACAGUGGGGACUGUCCUCAGACCUCAGCACUUGGAACAAUGGUGAACUCCAGUCACUUCGCUGGUGACCUCUAGUGAACAAUGGUAAAAUUAUGUUGAGUAUGGUGCACGCACACACACAAACACAAGAGCCGUCCCGAGGCUCACCAAAAGAAGCACUCCACUGAGAUAAUGUCCUUUUCGGCAUCUUUGCUGUCUCUUUUGUCCUCCUGUUUGCUGGGUUCUUUUUUUACUUUUAACAUUGCUGUUUUAAAAUAAAUGAGAAAAUAUGCCUAUGUUUAAAAAUGAUAAUGCUAUGUCAUAUCAAACUCAGUCCCCAUCAUGAAGGGUUUUUUUCAUAACUUAUGUUCUUGGGCAUUGUCUUUGAUAACCACAGAUCAAAUAAAUUGAGAAACCAACACAGCA